CAACGAUGCCUGAACCCGCAAAGUCUGCGCCCAAGAAGGGCUCCAAGAAAGCCGUCACCAAGACGGCAGGAAAAGGAGGAAAGAAGAAGAGAAAGACCAGGAAGGAGAGCUACGCCAUCUACGUGUACAAGGUUCUCAAGCAGGUCCAUCCCGACACCGGAAUCUCUUCUAAGGCCAUGAGCAUCAUGAACUCCUUCGUCAACGACAUCUUCGAGCGUAUCGCCGCCGAGGCGUCUCGUCUGGCCCACUACAACAAGCGUUCCACCAUCACCUCCAGGGAGAUCCAGACCGCCGUCCGCCUCCUGCUGCCCGUAGGUUCCUCAGAUAUUCAAUCUCCUGGUCUGGCCCUUGCACUGGUGGUGCUGGCUGUCUUUUCUCUACAAACGGGGUAUUUUCAGCCCGUACACCUCAUUGUGUUCCCCUGACUCUAGAAAAAGAACCAGGUAUUAUUGAUCUUGCACUAUGCUACUUUUACAUAGUAUAACAUAUUUUUCACUCCUUAUUUAUCGGUACACAACACUAAGAGAGAAAGCUAUAGAAAUUCUGGGAUCAAGGAUUUGAUAACCAAUAUCAAAGUGUUUGCAAUGGCAAAAUGGGAAUUUGUCAGUAAAGCUGCCAGAUCCUUCUGUGUACAUUACUGAUGCCUGAGAGUGUCAAACUUGAAUCUUCAUUGUUGUCUUAGGAAUAUAGGUUAUCCUCGAAAUGUAAAAUGUGUUCAGUUUUAUCAUACCAGAAUGUGAUUUACAAUAUGAAUGAUCAUCAGGUAGGUGAUAAACCCCUGCAAAAUGUGUCCUCCUUGCUGGACUUUUCCUCCUCCUUGGUGCAGGACGAUGCUGGAAGAUGUUGGAAUGGCAUCAGGUCUCAGCUUUUGUCCACCUCUCCAUGUACAACUGAAUUGGUUUUCAUUAAAGUGUUCCUGUAAAGAGGGUUAUUGAUUUGAUAUGAAGCACUUGGAACUGUUAACAAGUAAUUGUUCUGUCACAUCUGUAGAUAUAACGUACCUUACACAGUUUCUUAUUGUUGCUCAUUCGUGCAGCUAUAUUAAAAUCCUUCCUGCUGACCAUUACAAGCCACCU